UCUGAAUUCGUAAAGCCUAUGGCAGAUUCGUGGAAUCCGCGAUCGGAAUACUUUUGCGCAGCGCAUGUGAAAUAGCUUGACUUUGUUUGACAACACAUGCCGAAGUUCUACAAGUAAUAGUAAAUAAAUUUAACUAUGUGUAACAAGAAAAGUCUGUGUACUGAAACUUCUUUACGAGAGUAUAAAUUUCGAGGCUGCUGAAGAAAUUUCAUUAGUCAGUUUCGUGAAUUUGAGAUACAAGGAAAGUCGUUCAGAAAAGAUGAAAACCUUCGUGAUUUUUAUAUUCUUCACCGUUUUUGUUGCUGGUGCUUUUGCGAUCAGAUAUUAUCCAUUUUGCGCAGGAGAGAAUGAAGUCUUCUCUUGCGGCUCAUCUUGCUAUGAUUACUGCGAUCGACGUCAAUGUGAUAUUGUGAACAUUAUGUGCCAAAACCGUUGCCGCUGCGCUGAUGGAUAUCUUCGCGCCAAUGAUGAUUCGAAGUGUGUUCCGUCAAAUGAAUGCCCCGCAAUUGAGGGAGCUUGCGGUGAAAAUGAGGAAUAUUCUUGUGGAUCAUCUUGCUAUGAUUAUUGCGAUGAACGUCAGUGUGAAAUCAUGAACAUCAAGUGCCAAGACCGUUGCCGUUGCGCCAAAGGAUAUGUUCGCAGCAAUGAUGAUACCAAGUGCGUCCUCAUUGAGGAAUGUCCUGCAAUUGAGGAAGUUUGCGGUGAGAAUGAGGAAUAUUCUUGUGGCUCGUCUUGCUAUGAUUAUUGCGAUGGACGUCAGUGUGAAAUCAUGAACAUCAUGUGCCAAAACCGCUGCCGUUGCGCCAAAGGAUAUGUUCGCAGCAAUGAUGACACCAAGUGCGUCCUUGCUGAAGAAUGUACUAAGUAAGAAGUGACAUUCAAAGUACGCCAAUAAAUUUGUG